AUGAUCGCCCGCGCCGCCCUCCGAUCCAGCCUCCGCGCCGCCAAGGCUCCCAGCCCGCUCGCCCAGCUCGGCGCCCGCCGUGGCUACGCCGAGGCCGUGAGCGACAAGCUGAAGCUCUCCUUCAUCCUUCCCCACGAGGCCAUCUACAACUCGACCGAGGUGACGCAGGUCAACAUCGCGGCAUCGACAGGAGACAUGGGUAUCCUUGCCUCGCAUGUUCCUUCCGUCGAGGAGCUGCGCCCCGGUGUGCUCGAGGUGGUCGAGUCGAGCGGCACCAAGAAGUGGUUCGUGUCCGGCGGCUUUGCCACGGUGCACCCGAACAACAAGCUGGUCGUCAACGCCAUUGAGGCGUACCCGCUCGACAACUUCUCGACCGAGGCGGUGCGCUCGGCGCUCAGCGAGGCCCAGCGUGUCGCCUCGUCGUCGUCGUCCGCGGAAGCCAAGGCCGAGGCCGAGAUUGAGAUCGAGGUCUACACCGCCCUCCAGGCUGCUCUUGGCCGCUCCUAA